UAUUGCUCAUCUGUUAGUGAAUCAUUCGUCUUUGUGAUUUGCCCACAGUAAAAUAAAGGUAUUUUAUUUGAUUUAUUCGAACAAUUAGGUGUGACUGUGGUACAGCGAAGUAAUUUUAUUUAUUAUUUAUAACCAUGUCUUCACGUAAAACCGCUGGACGUCGCGCAACUACUAAAAAGCGUGCACAACGCGCCACGUCAAAUGUGUUCGCUAUGUUUGAUCAGGCACAAAUUGCCGAAUUUAAAGAAGCCUUUAAUAUGAUCGAUCAAAACAGAGAUGGUUUUGUUGAAAAAGAAGAUUUGCAUGAUAUGUUGGCUUCUCUUGGUAAAAAUCCCACAGACGAUUAUUUAGAAGCGAUGAUGAACGAAGCACCUGGACCAAUAAAUUUCACUAUGUUCCUAACGUUAUUUGGUGAGCGCCUACAAGGAACGGAUCCAGAGGAUGUUAUUAAAAAUGCAUUUGGUUGCUUCGACGAGGAAAAUAACGGAGUAUUGCCAGAAGACCGGUUGCGUGAGCUAUUGACAACAAUGGGAGAUCGUUUUACCGAUGAAGAUGUAGAUGAGAUGUAUCGAGAGGCACCUAUAAAACAUGGAUUAUUCGAUUAUAUAGAGUUCACUAGAAUUCUAAAACAUGGAGCUAAAGACAAAGAUGAACAAUAAACCUUGAAACCUCAUUUCCACAUUCCUCAUGAAAGCUUAUUUGAACGAUGAUGUUUUCUAUACAUAUAUAUAUAACUCAUCUAAUGUCUUCGUGGUCGCAAUAUAAACGGAAACGAUCGGAUAAAACCAAGUUUUGUGCAUGCAAAUUUUUACGAGUAUUAUAUAUAAUUAACAGUAAAGUGUACUUUUUAUAAUUAAAAUUGGUUAUGUACUCAUACAAUAACAAAAUGGUUGUAUAACUUAACAUCGAAAGGAUUUAACGUUAUUUGCAAUGAAUAUUUAACAUUUAUACCGAAUUUAAGCAAAAGAUAUUAAAAUUUUCACGGAAUAAAAA